AACACGGCGAGGAUAAAGCAAGAUGGCGUCUGACGGUGAAGACGUUAUUGCAGUCGUCACAGUUCAAUGUUCUUAAUCUGUGCCUCCGUGUACACAUAUAUGUCCUUUAUUACACUCUAGUAAAUAGAGGAAAUAUCGUUGAUAACUGUUUGCAUCCGGUUAUAUUAGUCUGAGCGCACUUUGAUGCUUCUCGCGCUAGCUUAGCCUGCUAGUUAGCUUAGCUUGUUAGCUGCUAACAAAGAGAGGCGGAAGUGAUCAAAACACAUCACUAAGUAGAGAUCAAGUGUGAGUGUAAAGUGUUGUGAUUGUGUGAAAAUGUGCCAAAGAACGACAGCAGAGUACGAGGAGGAACUUUGUCCAACAAAAGAGGAGAAGGAGCGACAACAACAAAAACAUCAAGUUGUGUUACACAGAACAGACAUCCAUCAGCUGAUUGAACACCAAGAAGAAUGUCUCCCUCAUCUGCAGGGGGACAGUUUCACUUUAGAGUAUCCACAGCCCUCACAUUUUAAAGGGAACAAGGAGUACCCACAGCCCCCCUAUUUUAAAGAGGAAGAUGAGGGAGAGUGUCCUGUAGGGCAGGAGGAGGCUGAUAUCAGCAAGUUUCCACUGACUGUUGUCUCUGUGAAGACUGAAGAGCAUGAAGACAAACCACCUGAGUCCUCACAGCUUCAUCACAGUCCAAGUGGGCGUGGCCUGUGGGGAAGCGGGGUGUGGCAGGGCCGGCUUCGAGGUUGGCGACAGGCCGCAAGCGGGAGGCGGCGGGGGAGAGAGUUGGACAGACGACAAUGCCGAAAGACAGAGAGUGACAUUGACGUCCAGCAGCCCCCUCACAUUAAAGAGGAAGAGGAGGGUCCACAGUCCCGCCACAUUAAAGAGGAAGAGGAGGAUCCACAGCCGCCCCACAUUAAAGAGGAAGAGGAGGAAGUGUGGAUCAGUCAAGAGGGAGAGUGUCCUGUAGGACAGGAGGAGGCUGAUGUCAGCAAGUUUCCACUGACUGUUGUCUCUGUGAAGACUGAAGAGCAUGAAGACAAAGCAGCUGAGUCCUCACAGCUUCAUCACAGUCCAAAUGUCGGUGAAGAACAACUUCUGCCUGAAAAACAGGAGAGUAGCUUCAGGAUGGUGAAGGAGGAUCCAUCAAAAAGGAAGACCAGGCGCCACGGACCCUCUGGUGUCCGUUUUUCCUCUUUGACACAGACCCUUCCCUGUAAAAAGGAAGAGGAAGGCUCACUGAUGCCGCACAUUAAAGAGGAAGAGGAGGAACACGGCAUCAGUCAGCCUAAAUGGUUGGAGGAGUUCCCAGUGACUGGUGUCCCUGUGAAGAGUGAAGAUGAUGAGGUGAAAGGUGAAAGUGAGGAGAGGGGAGGGGGGGAGCCUCCAAGCAGCAGCUCAACACAACACAUGACAACAGAAGCUGAUGGAGACCACUGUGGAGGAUCACAAGCAGACAAGCUCUUAGCUCCACUAUCAGAUAGUGAGGACACAACCUCACACUCUCCUGACACUGAUGAUGAAGACUCUAAAGAUGAUAACACAUGUCACACUGACAACAAACACUUCACAUGUUCUCACUGUCACAAAACUUUUAAAUACCGUAGUCAUCUGAAAGCACACAUUAGAACACACACUGGAGAAAAACCUUUUUCUUGCUCAGAAUGUGGUAAAGGUUUUGUACUGCGUUCAAAUUUGAAAGUACACAUGAGAACACACACUGGAGAAAAACCUUUUUCUUGCUCAGAAUGUGGUAAAUGUUUUGUUCUAAGUCAUGAUUUGAAAGUACACAUGAGAACACACACUGGUGAAAAACCGUUUGUCUGUUCAAUCUGUGGUAAAGGUUUUGCACAAAGUAACAAUUUGAAAGUACACAUUAGAACACACACUGGAGAAAAAACUUUUUCUUGUUCAUUCUGUGGUAAAGGUUCUGAACAAAGUCAAUGUUUGAAAGUACACAUGAAAACACACACUGGAGAAAACCCUUUUUCUUGCUCAGAAUGUGGUAAAGGUUUUUUUCAAAGUAAUGAUUUGAAAGUACACAUGAGAACACACAAUGGUGAAAAACCUUUUGUCUGUUCAAUCUGUGGUAAAGGUUUUGCACAAAGUAACAAUUUGAAAGUGCACAUGAGAACACAUACUGGAGAAAAACCUUUUUCUUGCUCAGAAUGUGGUAAAGGUUUUGUUCUAAGUCAUGAUUUGAAAGUACACAUGAGAACACACAAUGGUGAAAAACCUUUUGUCUGUUCAAUCUGUGGUAAAGGUUUUGCACAAAGUAACAAUUUGAAAGUACACCUGAGAACACACACUGGAGAAAAACCUUUUUCUUGUUCAAUCUGUGGUAAAGGCUUUACACAAAGUCUAUGUUUGAAAUUACAUAUGAGAAUACACACUGGUGAAAAACCUUUUUCCUGUUCAACCUGUGGUAAAGGUUUUACACUAAGUCAACAUUUGAAAGUGCACAUGAGAACACACACUGGUGAAAAACCUUUUUCCUGUUCAACCUGUGGUAAAGGUUUUACACAAAGUCAACAUUUGAAAGUGCACAUGAGAACACAUACUGGCGAAAAACCUUUUUCCUGUUCAACCUGUGGUAAAGGUUUUACACAAAGUCAGUGUUUGAAAAGACACACUAGAACACACACUUGAAAAGACACACUAGAACACACACUUGUGAAAAAUGACAUUCCUGUUCAAUCUGCAACAGAAGCUUUUGUGACCGAUCAAGCCUUGUAGCACACAUGAGAAGACACCCAGGAGAGAAUGUGUUGAGUUGCAGUGUGUGUGGUGAAAGAUUGUCUUCUAAGUACCAGUGUAAGAAACACAAGUGUGCUGGUGAGAAAAGCAGCAGCAAAUGAAACUGCAGGAUUUGAAAUAAACUGUCCAGACUUUCAUUUGGACUUUCUAACAACAUCAGCACAUAUAACAUGUGUGACAUUGUUGUUUGUCUAACAAUCUGUUUAAUAUGCUUCUACAUUUAUAGAUUAGAUAUUUAAUAUUAGUGCUUUUUUCAGUCAGGUACAUGCUUUAAUAUGCAAUAUUGUGUACUUCUAUUAAAAAAUGGUGAGAACAAUUUGAGUAAAAAGGUGAGAGUACAGUAAAUAUUUUCCAUGCAAUAAAAAUUUUUUGUAUGUAUACACACACACACACAUAUAUAUAUAUAUAUGUGGGGCGGCAUAGCUCGGUUGGUAGAGCGGCCGUGCCAGCAACUUGAGGGUUGCAGGUUCGAUUCCCGCUUGUGUCAUCCUAGUUACUGCCGUUGUGUCCUUGGGCAAGACACUUUACCCACCUGCUCCCAGUGCCACCCACACUGCUUUAAAUGUAAUUUAGAUAUUGGGUUUCACUAUGUAAAGUGCUUUGUGUCACUUGAGAAAAAGCGCUAUAUAAAUAUAUAAUUCACUAAUUCACAUAUAUAUAUAUAUACAUAUAUAUACAGUAUAAAUAUAUAUUCUCAUCAAACAAUUUUAGAGUUAUUCAAAUGAAAUAUUGUAUUACAUAUUUUAUUUCUAAUUGUUAAUAAUCCCAUAGAUUAGCCCCUAUUGAUGAUAUACUUAUGUACUGGUUCACAUCUGAAACAUCUUCUGGACCACUUCAGGAAGCAUAUUAUUAUGAUUUACUUUAUACAUCAUUUGAACAGUUGAAUAGUUUUAAAAUUUGUGACUUUUUAAAAUAUUUGUUGGGUCUUUUUAAUCUAUUUUAUUCAUUAUUUUUAUUACUCUGUAUUAUGAUGAUUGUGUUGUGAUUUUUUUAUAUGUAUGUCUCCAGACCUUUAUGCAGUAUAAAAGUGAGAGAAAAUGGCAGAUUUUUUUUUUCUAUGUGAAAGGAUGGUUUUGUUUUUACAAACUUACAUUUGUGGAUAUAUCAAAUAAAUCCAGUAUUGUGUUUUAAA